UAAACAACAGAGAGCGCGAGUUAAAAAGCAAAACAUAAAAAAUUAAAUAAAAUAUUUAAUUAAACUGUGAAGAAUAAAAUAUGGAAAAAAAUUAAAAAAAAAAUCCACUAUGAUUCUUAUUGCGAAAAAAUAUUAAAAAAAAGCCAAAAACUAUCAUUUGAUACAUCAAAAGAAAAAACAACAACAAUCAUAGCAAAACCACACAGCUCUACAAAAACAAGUUUGCAGCAAGCGUACUUGGUAAAGGUACUGCUGAAGCUGAAACUGAAGCUGCAGCUGCUCAUUAUCAAAUUCAAGUGAAACAUGUUGUGUUUAUCUCAGCCUGUGUUAGAUGAAGUCAUGAAUACUGGUGGUUUUUGGUGGUGUAACACAUUUUGUUUGAUUUCCGCAAAACUAAAAUUCGCGCCAACUUGGUUCCGAGUCUCCAUGCCCCCGAAAAAUUAACGAUAGAAGAGCGUGUUUUCGUUUGGUCUUAUUUUUUUCAACAAUUAAAUACAAAUUAAAUCUGAAGAUCCUUAAAACUCCAUAUCGAAUUUGCUCAGUAAAACUCCUGUAAAUGAUGAUAAUGCUGCCAACAUGACAGACGCAUCCGAAUCUGAUCUACAACCGCUUUUAGCAGACAAUGUGGAUGAUGAGACAAACGGAAAUGGCGACACCAAUCACAAUAAUAACAACAAUACAAUCAACAAAAACAAAACCCGCAAGGACAUCAAUCGCAAUGAGGUGGCACAACAACAGCGUAAAUUAUCCUUUACAAGGAAAUCUCAUAAAUUCCGUUAUAUAUGGAAACGGAAACCAUUGCUUUAUCUCUUAGCAAUUGGCAUACUAAUGCUGGUAAUUAAUGCAACCUUUAAUCGGAAUAUGGGCGAUGACAAUCUCCUGCCCAGCGAGGAUGAUGUCAAUUUUCUCAGCCAUGUGCAUUCGCAUGUGCCCGGAAUGAGAGUUAUUUCGAAUUUAACAUCACUUUUAAAAACGUCACUGUUCAACAAGUCACCACUGCCAGCUAAAGCAACCACACCUAAAACCACCAAAUUAUCUCUAAAAGAAUGGAAAACUUCCAAGAUGCCGCUGCUGCUGAAGCAAAAAUCGUUAAAAAAUAAGGCAAAAUACAAAAUUUUUAAAGCAAAUGCAAAGAGCAAGAAAGACAAAGUUUUUACUAGUGAAACUAAGCCCAUAAUAAAUGCAUCUGUAUCUUUAUCUUCCAACCCCUUAAAUGCCAUGGCUGCUGCUGACCUCGACUUGGACUCUUCCCUGAAUGGAACCUUAUUGGAUGACAAUAUCAUCCUACCGCCCAAAGGCUAUCUGGUGUGGAGUGAGUUCUGUAAAAUGCCAAAUUUGGAUCCGUAUCUGCCGGAAGUUAUGAAAAACUUUCAUAGGGAAAAAUACAAGCCAUGCAAGCUUUUGGAUCCCUUGACCCGGGUUGACUUCAACGCCAUCACUCAACGUUAUACGCUAAGCAUAGUUGAAGAUGUUCUGCCUGGCUUCAGUAAGACGGGAAAAGUCGAUUGUUGUUAUCAGACCAUAACUAGAAAUGGAACCGGCGAUAAACCCGAUGAUCAUGUGAGUUUUUCCAAGUGCAUGAGCUUUGUUGGUCAAACCUCCCUUGAUCCUUCCAUAGAUAAUAUUCUGGUAAAAUGUCGAGCUGGCAAUAAACAGGUUUAUGCCAAUGGUUAUCCUUUAAUGCCAGAACGUAAGGAAAUACGUGAACGCUUAAAUAUGUGGAAGAAAUACGACGAUGAUUUGGGAGCAACCGAUAAAACGCCCAGUGUCCUUAUGAUUGGCAUUGACAGCAUAUCAAGGGUGAAUCUAAUACGAGCUAUGCCUAAGACAGCGCGCUAUUUGUAUGAGAAUGAGUGGUACGAAAUGAGCGGAUUCAAUAAGAUCGAUGACAACACCUUCCCCAAUCUAAUGGCCGUUCUCACAGGAAUGAAUCGCUCCCGAGUUAUGGACAAGUGCUCUCCCUAUAAGCUACAUGCAUUGGACAAUUGUGAUUUUAUAUGGCGCACAUAUCGCGAACAUGGCUAUGUGACAGCUUAUGCCGAAGAUGAGGCCUUCAUAAACACCUUCAAUUACAUGAAAGUGGGGUUUGUAGAGCCACCAGUUGAUUAUUAUCUAAGGCCUUUCCUCUUGGGAGCUGAAAAGCAUUUGGAGACACGUUUGAAGUCGGGAUUAAUAAGUUGUCUCGGCUAUAAACAUGCCGCCGAUUUCAUUUAUGAUUAUGCGGUGGAAUUGGCCAGACGCUAUAAAAACGAUACCUUUUUUGGCCUCUUCUGGGCCAAUACUUUUAGCCAUAAUGACAUCAGCGAUUGCACCGGCAUGGAUGAGCAUAUAAUGCAAUAUCUAAAGAAGUUCAAAGAUAUGGGCACUAUGGAGAAUACCAUAGUGAUAUUCUUCAGUGAUCAUGGCAUGCGCUUUGGGCCCAUACGUAAAACAUAUUCCGGCCAUUUGGAAGAAAGACUGCCAUUUGUAUUUCUCUGGCUGCCAACUAGGUUAAGGCAAAAAUAUCCAAAUUUCGUUAAUGCUCUGAAUGUCAACAAGAAUCGUCUAACCAAUCCCUAUGAUACGCACAUGACACUGAAGCACAUCUUGGAGUUGACCAGACGCGUCAAAGAUGAUAAUAAAUUGGCCAACUCGGAUGCUUGUCCCAAGUGUCAAUCUCUGCUUAAGCCAAUGCCUCAAAAUCGCUCCUGCCAGGAUGCUGCCAUUGAAGCGCAUUGGUGCACCUGCCUGCCCUAUGAGAAUAUCUAUAAAAAUUCCAAAACUGUUUUGAAUCUCACACACUUGCUCAUCGACUAUAUCAAUGAUUUUGUGGCCACCUUUCGCAAUAGGACCUUUGCCAAAUUGUGUGUGCCGCUUAAAUUCGAUAGUGUGGAUAGUGCCUAUCGAACAACACAACUGGAGACUGAUAGCGAGGGCAGGGUGAAAACCGUUGAUAUCUAUCGCGUGACCUUCUAUACCAAGCCCAAUAAGGGUCUGUUUGAAGCUACAGCAAUCUAUGAUCCAGAAACAUCUCGCAUGGAGGUUACGGGCGAAAUAAGUCGCCUUAAUACCUACAGUGGAGAUUCUGACUGUGUUACCGAUGGUGGGGCGAAAAAGUACUGCUCCUGUCGCAAAAAGAUUUUCUAGCACAAAACGCAAUUGCACAAAGUCCUAGUGCGACUGGGCAAACAAAGAAAAACUGCUAAAAACACCAAAACGUAAGAUAUAGACAACAAGUUUAGAUUAUUUUUUUUCACACUAGAUCUUAUUUUUUCUUUUUCUAACUUAACAAAAUAAUUGUAAUAAUUGUACAAAAAAAACUAGGUUUGUAUCUAAUGUUGUAUAUAUAAAUUAUUUUAUAACAAGUAAAAGCGUGCUAAUUUCGGCCGGGCCGAAUCUUAU